AUGAAAUCAAAGACAAAACCGAAGAAGUCAAAUGGAAAGUUUGGAAGAGUUAAAUUCCCUUCCAAGGAAGUUACUCCUAUAAACCCAGAUUUAUCACAAUUACGUCCACCAAUUGACAUAAGUGUUUCAACCUUAUAUCGAGUGUGCAAAGUUUUAGAAAAUGGCAGUGAUGAAGUUAGAUCUAUUUUGGCAUAUGAAUGUGAUUUAGUAUAUGAAUGUCGCAUAUGCAAAAGCCUCUUUAGAAGUUUGAUGAAUUUUAUCUCUCACAAACGUAUUUAUUGUAAAGAAAAAUUUGAUAUCACAUUUGCUAGGAAUUCUUCCAAUGAUUAUGAUAUAAUUUCUUCAAGUAAACUAAAUUCACCUAAAACAGAGAAAAUGUUUCAAGACACUUGUGGAAAUGAUAGAAUUUUAAGAAGCCAAGUGUCUAAAACAGAGCAAAAGAAGGAUCUUACAGCUGUUGUUAGUAUGUUACAAAAGAAACAAAUAGAAAAUUUACAAACAAAUGCUGAACGAUUAUAUCUGGAGACUAUGCAUUCAAAUUCAUCUGCAGUUUAUCAAACCAUUGAAUCAAUAGUUUCAACUCAAAAUCAUAGAGAUCUAAUGAAAGCACAGGUAAUGGAGUUAAACAAUAUAAGUGAACAAACAGCAGUGUUAGGUCCAAAUGGACAGCUUGUACAACCUAGUCAAGAAUUGAUUAGUAAUACAGUAACUCAAAUUUGUGAUAAUGAAGGAAGUGCCAUUCAUGAGAAUGAUCUCGUCUGUUCUAUAUGUACGUUUUUAUUAAUUAAAAAUUUUAUAUUCAAGAAAACGUUAGCCGUUCACACAAAAACGCUGCACACAUCUCAUAGGUUAUGUUAUCCCUGCCCUUGUUGUUCUAGUACAUUUGCUAAUACUUGGAGUGUUUAUAGACACCUUUUUAAAGUUCAUAGAAAAUCUAAUGAACAAGUACGGAAGCUCCGAUCACAAAUUCAAGAGAAAGCCUUCAUUAAGGAUACAACUGUUGCUGAAGAUUUGCAAAAAGAGGAUGCUAACAAAAUUUUAAUGAGCAGUGAAUUAUGUAUUAAUGAAACACAGGAAUGGAUGGAUCAUUUAGAAUCUGAUACGGAAUUGCAAAGAUGUGGAGGCUGCGGAAAAAGAUUCGACAGGAAGGCAGCUUUGUCAGCUCAUUCGCAAUACUGUCAAAGGCGUGUUGCAGCCUGUGAAAGUACAACUAAAGUCAAAAAGAUAAAUAAAGUUUUAUCGGAUUGUACUUCAAAUGAAAAUAGUAAUGAAACGUCCAUUCGUGUAGAAGCUGUUGCUAGUUUAAGUAAAGCAGACUGGGAUAUGUUGGAAGGUGGAGAAUCAAUUCCACAAAAUGAAUCUAAUACAACUGUUAUAACAGCUCUCACGAAUGGAGUACAAGAAAAUGUAGAGAAAGAUAAUCUUUCCUCUGUAAGUGAUACAUCUGAUCCUGUACAGAUUGUGUACACUAGCAUAAACAAACAUAAAACUACUAUUGGAAGUAAAAAACGAAAAAAUAAAGAUAGUACAAAAAGAUUAAAUAAUAAUGCAGAAGUAAAUAUUGACGGUGACGCAGAAAUCGAAAAAAUAGAUCAUGUUUUAUUAAUGGAAAAAAAAGUAGCCUCAAUAGUAAAUUUUCAAAAACUCCAGUGCCUUCCUUGUAAACGAAAGUUCACUUCAGUGAACAAUUUAAGAAGACAUGCUGCCAUUCAUAUUGGUUGGAAUCGUUAUCAAUGUAAACUUUGUGACUAUAAAUGUUUCGUUAAGUGUGAUUGCGUGGCACAUUGCAAUAAAAUGCACAAUGCUCAAAACAAUCGUGUUAUUAUAGAAGGAAUGAUAAAUCAGAUUUCAGAUGAUCAAUAUAUGUAUGAUCAAAAUAUUAUGUUGAAUAUAACGAAUUUAGAGGAAGAGGUUGAUUCUCCAGAAAUUGUAGAAGUCAGAAUUUCUCCAGAGCAUAUAGAGCCAGAAGUUCAAAUAGAAGAGAAAAGUAUGAAUGAAGAAAAAACGAAAAUAGUUCAGCCAAAUUCAGUAGCGUCUACUCAGCAAAUGGUUCAUGUAAAUGAAGAAACUCAAGAGAAUUUGGAUGACGGUAUUAAAGGACAACAUACGCUUGGAUUGGAUCCUGAUCUUAGAAAAAUGGUGAUGGAAGUUAUCUUUGGAUCUUCUGAAGUUAAUUCCACAAAACAAGUGGAAGUAGGAGAAAGCAUACUUUCAGAAAAUUCUAAUUCAAAACUACAAAAUAAAGAAGAUAUUGAUAUACAUUCUAGGGGUUUUGAUUUAAAGGUGAGUGAUACUGCUUCUGUGCAAGAUGGUUCAAAACCACAACGUCCUAUUCGUAAUAAAAUAAAACCUUUAAACAAGGAUUUCAUUUAUGAUUUAAAAGACGUCACAUUGCGAAAAGACCCUUUAAUUGUGAAACCUUUUAAUAAAUCAUUUGCAAAAAAAUCUCUAACACAGGAAGAAGAUAAUUUAGAGAGAGAUACAGAGCAACCGUCCAAACGUUUCAAAUCUGUACAGAAUAAUGAAAUAUCAAUACUUUGUGGAAACAGUGUUACUGAAAAAUAUGAUAUUAAGCUCGAUAGAGAUUUAAAAAAUAAUCUUACUUUCUCUGAGUGCCACAGCUAG